UGGCUAACAGGUAGAUUGGUUAAUUACCCAUAAGUACACGGAUCCACCAACCGGAAAAAGAAGCUUUGACCCGGAAGCCAACAGUUUCAUAUCCGGGUUGCAGUGCUAGGAGACGUUGCGGCUUCGUCUGUUUUUACGCAACACCAGAAGUGAUUUAUAAUGUCGGACGACGAAGGGCUGGCUCCAACCAUGAAGAAGGCUCGCGUUUUCUAUGGCAGCCUGGAGGAGAAGGAGCGGGAGCGCUUGAGCUCAGAGAUGGUGGCAGGAAGUGAUGCGUUAAAGGCGGGCAUCAAGGCAGGAAACAUCAACAUCUCAUCAGGAGAGACUCUGGAGAUGGAAGAGCGGGUCAGUGAGCGGCAGCAGGAGGUGCUUGCAGAGUUUGAGCGGCGCAGACGAGCACGGCAGAUCACUGUGUCCACCGAUGACACAGAAGUUAAGGCCGGCCUCCGAGCACUAGGCGAGCCAAUUACAUUGUUUGGAGAGGGACCAGCUGACCGUCGCGAGAGACUGCGCAGUGUUCUGUCCAUUGUUGGACCUGAUGCGCUAAAAAAGUCCAGGAAGGAUGAAGAGAGAGUCAAAAGGUCACAUGAUGAGUGCCACCAGACAUGGUACCAUGAAGGCCCUGCCUCCCUGAAGGAAGCUCGACUCUGGUUGGCAAGAUACUCUCUGCCACGGGCGAUGAGACGUCUGGAAGAUGCACGUGCACAGAAGGACGUUCCUGGGGCAACCAGGACAAUUCGUCAACAGGAAUUGCACAAGACCCUGAGGAAUCUGAACAACUUUUGCAGUCAGAUCGGGGACGAUCGACCAAUCAGCUUUUGCCAUUUCAGCCCAGAUUCCAAGAUGCUGGCCACAGCAUCCUGGAGCGGUCUAUGUAAGCUGUGGUCCAUACCCGACUGCACUUUGAUCCGUACACUCAGAGGACACAGCACAAAUGUGGGUGCCAUCAUUUUCCGGCCACAGGCUGGUGUGCUUCUGGAUAAAUCCGAGGUGAGUUUGGCUUCGUGUGCUGCUGAUGGGACAGUAAAGCUGUGGAACCUGGAGAGCGACGAGCCGGUGGCAGACAUUGAGGGCCACAGUGACCGAGUGUCACGAGUUUCCUGGCAUCCUUCUGGAAGAUUCCUGGGAACAACUUGUUAUGACAACUCAUGGCGUCUGUGGGACCUCGAGGUUCAAGAGGAGAUCCUUCAUCAAGAGGGUCACAGUACAGGUGUUCAUGACAUCAGCUUCCAUCCUGAUGGCUCGUUGGCCGCUACAGGAGGACUGGAUGCUUUUGGCAGAGUGUGGGACUUACGAACAGGGCGCUGUGUUGUUUUCCUGGAGGGACACCUCAAGGAGAUCUACAGCCUCCACUUCAACCCAAAUGGUCAUCAUCUGGCCACAGGAAGUGGUGAUAAUACCUGUAAGGUUUGGGAGCUGCGUAACAGAAAAUGUUUGUACACAGUACCUGCUCACCAGAAUCUGCUGUCAACCGUGCGGUUCCAACCCACCGAUGGUCACUUCCUGUUGACGGGAUCAUAUGACAACACAGCAAAAGUGUGGAGUCACCCAGGCUGGAUGCCCCUGAAGACACUUGCUGGACAUGAGGGAAAGGUGAUGGGCAUUGACGUGUCGCCUGAUGGUAAACUGAUUGCAACCUGCUCCUAUGAUCGAACCUUUAAACUCUGGCUGUCAGAGUGAUGUUAUCAGUGAUGUCAUCUAAAUGAACAACUGCUUUUUUUUAGUUUGAUACUUUAAAUAAAAGUUUUGACCAAG